UUGGUACAAAGAUUGUGUGAUUUAAAACAAGGAUAUACACAAUACGGAGGUCUUCGUCCCUUUGGGGUUUCAUUUAUUUAUGCCGGACAUGAUAGUCACUAUGGUUUUCAACUUUAUCAUUCUGAUCCAUCUGGAAAUUACGGUGGAUGGAAAGCAACAUGUAUUGGUGCAAACAACGCGUCAGCCCAAUCAUUGCUAAAACAAGAUUAUAAGGAUGAAAUUACUCUUAAAGAAGCAAGAGAAUUGGCGGCGAAAGUUUUAAGCAAAACUAUGGAUUCUACCACGUUGAGUAGUGAAAAAUUGGAAUUUGCGACAAUCAGUCUUAAUGAAGAAGGAAAAGUUUCAUAUCAUCUUUACAAACCAGAUGAAAUUGACGCUUUAUUGAGAGAACAUAAUUUAGGAGGCACACAAGAUACGGAAGAAAGACCAACAACUACUUAG